AUGGUGUUCAAGCCCUUCAAACCUCCACUGAUGAGGAACAAUGUGUCAAAUCCAAUUGAGAUAACCGAUGAACCUUCUCCUCCUGCCAAAAAGCUUCGCCUCGACAAUGAGCCCGCUCCUGUCGCGCAGUCGACACCGCUAGCCAAUCGAAAACCACUCCUACAAGUGAGCAAUCGCGGAGCAGAGACCACAAAGCAAGAGUCGUCUGAUGGCCAACCCAAAGACGACAAAUUGGACGAAAAGUACUUCAAUGUUCUCUGGCGUAAACCAACCGCCAAAAAGCACAAAACUUGGGACGGCGAUGGAAUUAUCUCCGUCCGCAGAAAUAAUGUCUUUCUGCGAGAUACCACAGGUAAAGAGAUGGGACGCAGAGUCCACGAGACCCCCAUCGAACCCGGGGUAUCCUUCUCGAUCUCCGGCAAAGAAGUCGAAGUAGACUGCGAGAUAACUCGCGAGGAAUAUUACUCUGGCAGGAAAUUCCUAGAAAGCCCGAAACCAGCUCCAUCAGAAGCAGCCCCCACAAAGAAAGAGUUGCCUGCUCGAAAGAAGGGUGAGGCACCCAAACCGACUGCGGCUGAGCGGACAGCCUCGCUCAAACGUUCGAUCGCACUGGUUACCAACCCAACUGCCAACCCUGGCACUGCGCCAGGUGCUUUCGCGGCUUACAAGAAGCCCAUGCUGGACAAUACUGUUAUUCCCAAAGCGCCUGGGAAGACAGGUGGUUGA